UUUAUUUCAAACAAACUGGACUUUGAGUCUCUUGGCACAGAGCAGAUCCAAAGAUUUUGAUGCAUUAUAGAAUAUAUUACUAGAUGUAUAUAGAGUGGGAGACAAGGUUAUGUAUUCUGUUUAUAAAAAUUAGAAUUUUUAGCUUCCAAGACUUCCUUAAUGACAUUUGGAAUGGUUAUCCGAUUUCAGAACAAUAUCUAUUUAUGUUUGCAAUCUCGCCAGGUUUCGAGAAGCCUCAGUGAAUUAUUCCGGUUGCAUGCCGUUAAAUGCCAAUUAUAGUCACAAUCCGAAAUCAAAAUUUUUCCUUAUUUUUUGAGGUUUUGUCGACAUCCAGCCAAUGUGAAAAUCAUUUGUGAUUAUCACAGAGGAUGCACUUUUCUUCUCAUGACAAUUCAGUCUGAGUAAGGAAAGAGAUGCUCCGAACAGAUUUUUAUAAAAUCUUUUACUUUUCUGGUGUAAUCUGUAGAGAAUUCUAUCAAAAAAUUGGCAAGAUACUGCGAAAUGAUUACAUUACUUAGGCCAAAACAUGUUGCACAGACAUGUACAUUUUUAUGAAAAAUAUACAUUACAUUUGGUCACCUUUUACUUGUUGUCGACCGGAGACAUUGAUACUCUUCUACACGAUUUGCAUUCACAGCACAAAUUCUGACGGAUCGUCUUUGCACGCUCCAUUUGGUAACAGUAUUUUCAAUUAUGCCCUUCAAAAAUACCAAAUUAUGGAAUAUUUGGUACCUUAAUGAAAUUAUGGAAUAUUGUUGUGAACGAUGCAUUUCCAAAGUAUUUAAUUGCCACAGAUAAGAUCCGCAACCAGUUUAGCCAACACAAAAACAAAAUUGGGAAGCAGAGCUUCAUCCAAAAUAUCCAAAAACUAUUGAUUCAAAGUCCCAUCCAAAUUCAAAUGCAGAUUCCUCCAAAGAGCAUUACCUAAUCCUUUCUUACACAAUACUGUUUAAUUUUGUUAAUGUUAUGCGGUAAAGACACUUUCAGGUUUAAUCUAACAACGUUUAAUUGUAAGUUAUUGAAAAAUGAAUACAAAGAGACAGCUCUGCUUAACAUAUACCUCUUGUCUUUUUAACUCUGGUGUCAAUUGACUACAGUGCCCUUCGUGUUCUCUCUGGUUUUUGCUUACUAAAUUAAAUACUCCCAACAAAUUUACGUAGUGAUAUACAAACCUAAAUUAAUUUCAAGGUAAAUUAUGUAAUUUACAUACCUCUGUCAUUUCCGAGAUAAAUGAUUAACACGAGGUUAGUUUGGAAUAUAAACCACUUCCUUGUUUUUCUAUUCUGUUAGUGUGUGUUACUUUUGUUUUGUUUCUCUCCUUCCUAGUAUUAUUUGUGCAAAGAAAACACUGGAAAAUACUCUUUUGUCUUAUUUUAAAGUACAUUCCAGGUUUUGAAAUACAUAUUAAAAUCCCCCUUAACAUUACAACUCCUUGUUUCUGUAGACAUUUUUUUUUCUUUCCCACAACUUAGUUUUUCUUAUACCAGAAUAAUAAGUACACUGUAAAAUAAUAUAUAAUACAGUACGAUAAAUAUUUGUCAUUCCAAAAAGAAUUCUAGAUACAUUAGAAAUGGAAGUUAACCGGGAGUAAACACUAGAUUUAUUAGAAGAGACAUAACACUACAUUUGUUAGGCGAAAUAAACCGCAUCUGUUAGAAUAAUCCAGGAAACACUAGACAAGUUAGAACUGACAGACGAACACAGGUAAACACUUUGCACGUGCCGCAAUACACAAGUUUCCUAUAGAGAAAACGAAUGUUUUUGGAUUAAAACACCAGAACGUGACAAUAUUGGACUAUUACUAGCGAGUUCGUAAUUUGAAUACACUCGGCGACGACACAAUGGAGACAUCUAGCGAAUUAUUAAUUAGUUUACUAAGUAUUAGACGGCGUUUAAAAGUAGUUCCGUUACGAAAGAUUCAAUAGACACGUCUCGCAUUACGCAAACGAGGGGAAAACAUCGCGUAUUUUAAGUAAACAAGUGGACACGUGUCGUAACUCGGAAGCGCGAUAAAAAUCUACAACUGGAGAAAUUCCCGUGUUUACGAGUCGUCUCGAAAAGGAAAGGUAUUCGUUCCGAGUAGUUACUGCGAAUCGCGAAGAGAGGUAAAAGUUACGCGGCGUGACGAAGAAGAGCGCGCCUGUCGCGUCCUCUCUCCUAUAAAAAAAACCAAUAGAACGCGUCGCGUCGUCGAGCAUCUAGGAGCGACGCGACACUAAACUUCGCAUUUGUUACGUUUUCGCCAGUCAUUCGUGCGUGAAAUUCGUUUUUUAAGUGAUUCUGCGAUACCAAUAAAAAUGACGUAAUUAAACGGAGUAGAGUGUCAAUGACGUGACUUGGCGAACCUCGACUGGAAAUUGGAUCGUAGCGCUCGGCGAUAGGGACUUUGCUCGCCUACCUUCGGCUUCUACGCGUGCGCCGUGAUUUGUAGGUGUCGAGCACACCUGAGAAUAACCGGGAUCCGUUUCCGAGAGUCCACUAUUCUAGGAACAUUCCGACGCGUGUAGAAUGGUGAGCCAUUUCAGGUGCGCGAGAAUAGUCAAAUGCCUCCUCCUUCCGACGCUCCUCUUCGUCGUGGUGUUGUGCUUCGUAUCUUCCGUGCGUAACUCCGUUACUCCGCGUGACGAAGUCUCGGAAGCUCUCCCUCAGCAUCUAACGCAAGGAUACGUAGAAGAACAAUGGGAUCGAGCGGGGCAUCUACGCGAGAAACUUUUAGAUCGGAGAGUGGAUUCGAAAUUCGUGGCGGUGCGCGAUUACUUGAAGGCUUCCAGAACCUACUCCGGUAACUCCAGCGUUACGCUAACGACUCAGGGAACCUACGAAUUUCUGCAUCACGUGGAGGAGUUGUGUAUCAGAUGGAGGGCACCCGUUUCCGUCGCCGUUUACGCACCCGGCGGAGACUUCGUUCCCGCGGUGGAGAGGAUGCUUUACCUACGUCACUGUCGCCACCCCUGCCUAAAAAUUAACGUGACUUGGCACGUUAUUUUCGACAAGCUUCACGCGUUGGCGGAAGAUACGCUGCUGGAGGCUCGAGAGGGCUCCUCCGACUGCCAGAGGGUGCCAAACUCCACUUCCAGUUAUCGCCAGGAACACGGAUUGACCUAUCCCAUCAACGUGGCGCGUAACGUGGCCAGAAAGGCGGCCAGGACCCACUACGUGUUGGCAUCCGACAUAGAAUUGUAUCCGAGCCUCGACAUCGUGCCGAAAUUUCUGGACAUGGUGAGCAAAGAAGAAGGCGCCGCUUUUCCACGGGUCUACGUCCUCCCGGUUUUCGAGGUGGAGAAAAACUGCCAAGUUCCGGGUACCAAGAAGCAGUUACUCCAGUUAUUCUACAAAAAGAAGGCGGUGUUCUUUCACAGGUCGGUAUGCGACCCGUGUCAUCGGUUCCCCAACAGAAAUCUGUGGCUGAAGAUCUUCCCGCCCAACGACACCCUCAACGUGUUCUCCAUCACCAAGCGCUACUACCCCUGGGAGCCCUUCUACAUAGGAACUCGCAACGAGCCGAUUUUCGACGAGAGGUUCACUUGGGAAGGGAAGAUGAACAAAAUGCCUCAGGUUCUGGCGAUGUGCUUCCUGGAUUACGACUUCUACGUUCUAGACAACGCGUAUUUGGUCCACUCCCCGGGGAUAAAGAAAGUGAACGGUACGUCGGAACGUCGUCGUGCCAAAUACGUGGCGGCCAACAGACGCGCCUACAACAGCCUUCGACGGGAUCUGAUAAAGCGGUACGGCCAAAAACGCAAAUGCCGCUAACGCUCUUCGCAAAGCUGUAAAUAUGUAAAUUAACUCGUAUUUAUGAAGGAAUAAAGCCGAUGUCACGUGA